AUGAAUCUGAGCCGAAGUGACCGACAUUGCCGAGUUGUGUAUGCUCGCGAUGAUCGUCUCCAGGCCCCCGCCGAGCAGCUCAAGGGCAGGAUCAAUGCUUUGGAGGAGGAGAAUCGCCGGCUCGAAAGCUGCAUUUCGAAGAUCAGAAGCUCGCAGCGCAGUGCGGAAGGCCUUGCCAUGUCUUGGUCUCCAAACUCUGUGGCAGAUUCCUCGCAACGAGGGAGUGCGACUGCCGCAGAGCCACGGUCAGAGGCUGCUGCUUCAAGCCAGGACGUUGAGCCUGCACCGGCGACUUUGCCGUCACAGCUCCCAAGACAGGUUGCGAUUGACCAGAGUGUGGCCUUGCACGAGACAGGAGCCGCAAGGCACUUGCCGACACCGCCUGGCCAAAAAGCUUCAAGCCCAACCCAGGCUCCUGUUGCAGAUGCUUCGUCCUUGAAUGCUAGCACGGUGAGCUGUGACGCGACAAUGACCUCUGAUAGAUAUGCAGCCAGCACGGCGCAAGCAACGCCAGUUCUAAACCGUGCAGCAGCCCAGGCCGAAGCAAAGGCUGCUUUCUUGGAAGCUGCAGCCAAGCGGGGAAGUGGCUUCGCUGAGGUGUACAACGAGCUGCUGAGUUGUGCUUUGCAGGUCUGGGAGGCUCGGGCAACAGCUGCCUCUUUGGAAAAGGAGCGCAACAAGGCGUCAACGGAAGCACGCGAACUUCGAGCUUGCAAUGCUCGUUUGGAGGAGGCUGUCUCCACUUUGCAGGACCGCAACAAGGAGCUGUACUGGCAGAAGGAGUUGCAACGGUCUGCCUUUCGACAUCCACGUGAUGCGAGCCCUGCUGCCAGCGGUGCCCCAGGCCGACAAGUCUGGGCAGCACCUUUGAGUCCACCACCGCGCUUUCGGAGCCCUUGUUCGACGGCUCCAGGCAAUGUGCCGGGAAGGUGGUCUUUGGGGCCGUCGUCAUCCUCCUCAGAUCUGUUUCCUCCCGCGCGUGAAUCUGCUAUGCAGAAGUCACCCAGGAUCCAAGCAUCGUCCGGCCAAGUCUACGCAGCUCCUGUGGCAUCUUGCCCGAUGCAACCGGGGCUGGACCCUGCGCGGCUUCCUCCACAGGAUCAACAGACGCAGGCGUUUCAACAGGGCUGGCGCUUAUUUCACCAACUAGGCAAACAUGCAGAGGCCAGCUCCUUGGAUGCUUCUGCCAGGCAACGGGCAUCUGCACUAAUGCUGCAAACGAAGAAGGGUAUGCCGAGCGAGUUUCGCGAGAAUCCCGCUGUUUGCGCAGUGUGGCGAGAGGCUUUGUUGGCAGGUGCCAACUCGGAGUUGCUCUCUGCUCAGUCUUUCAGCAGCAUCGCCACUGAUUUGCAGGUCACAGAGACUGGUGUGAAACAGCGCACCAGCAGCGUGGUUCACCGAGGUCAAUGUAGGCAGUGGAAAGCAUAUGCUGCAAAGGCUUUGGCAAGUAUCGAAAGGCGUGCUCAUCUUAAGGAUCAACAUGGUCAGCCCCGGGUUAGGGCUACAAAGGACAGCUCUGGAUCCCGACAAGUCGAACUGGCAGACUGGCGAGGUCGCGUGCGAGCCCAGGUUUUUACUGAAAACGGAGAGCCGACGCGGGUUCACAUCAUCAAUUUAUACGGCAAGGAGGAUGUUUACACCCAAAGCUGCUUCGGGUUGGAAGUGUGUUCAUCGACUGCUCAACGGUUCCAGUGUACGAGGCAACAAUGCUUGCUCCUCCUAGCAGAUUGGUCAGCGGGACAGCGGGCAAUCAUCAAGCAGAGUUUGCAGGAGAUUUGCAAGAUCUUCCCAAGAUUGGAAGUGCUGUUCCAAAGAGAACUGCGGGAGGGAAGACAGUUGGUCGCUUGUGCAGAGGACCUUGAGGAAAUGAGCUUCGAUCCUCUUCUGGCGCAUCUAGAGACGCAGAUUGCAGAGGUGCGGUUCAACAGAGACACAGCCUGUGAGAGCAUGGCGGUUGCUCAUGGCAACGUUGCAGGCUUGCUGAGAAAACAUGGCUACGCUGAAAUCAAGAAGGUGGGUGAGGGAUCGUUUGGGAAGGCACUGCUCGUGCGGUCGGAGGAUGGGCAGAAGUUAAUCUGCAAAAUGGUAGAUGUGAGCAAAGCUUCGCGAAAAGAAAUGGAGGAUGCUGUCAAGGAGGGCAAGUUGCUGUCCGAACUGAAGCAUCCAUACAUCGUCCGCUACCGCGAAAGCUUCACAGAGAGUGGAUGGCUCUGCAUCCUCAUGGACUACUGCGAGGGAGGUGAUCUCACCGCUCGCAUCGCAGAGGCCAAACGGGGCAGAAAACCUCUCUCUGAGGAUCAAAUACUGCGCUGGUUUGUGCAAGCCAUCAUGGCUUUAGACUACAUUCACAAGAAGCACGUUCUGCAUCGAGACUUGAAGCCCUCGAAUUUCUUCUUAUCGAAGAGCGGGAACUUGAAGAUGGGGGACUUUGGAAUUGCAAAAGUUCUUGCCUGCACGAUCGCUGUCGCAAAGACACAGAUCGGAACGCCAUACUACCUGAGCCCUGAACUAUGUCAGGAAAAGGAAUACAACUUUCCUUCGGACAUUUGGGCAAUGGGAUGCAUUUUGUACGAGCUUUGUGCGCGCAAAGUACCUUUCGAUGCGCCCAAUAUUCCAGGCCUUGUUCGGGAGAUU